CGCCGCUGCGGCGGCCGCUCAUCUUCUUCCUGGCCCUCGGCUCGAACCGGCCCACCAGGUGUUCGACGCUGGUUUCCCCGGCCCCGACCAGAGCAAACGCCCCCCCCCGCGCCGCUCCUGCUCCUGCUCCUCCCUGCGCCCCGGAGUUGGACUACGACGAGUUGGCCGCGGCGCUCGAGAACAUCUACAAGCUGAGCCCCGGCGAGGUCUCCGACGAGGAGCGCUUAGGCGGGGGCGACGGGGACGCGGGCGUAGUGAGGAGUAGGCGGAGGAGGGCGAAAAGGUUGAGCCUUGAGAAGAGGGUGGCGCUGAGGAGGGGGAAGGGGGAGGGUGAAAGGAGGGAGCACGGUGGGGAUGUGGAGGAGCUGGUGAGGGACAACUCGGCGUCGAUGGAUUUGGCGUGCUUGGACUGGAGGAGGAUGAGGAUACCGCCGGUGCUCGGUUCGGCGGAGCAUUCGAGGCUGUUCGAGCUGAUGCAGCCGAUGAAGGUGAUUUACGAGAUGAAGGAGAGCUUGCACAAAGAUCUGCUCAGGGAGCCGACUGACAGUGAAAUGGCAGCGGCAAUGAACAUGAGGGUUUCGCGGUUGAGACAACAUGUAGAGGUUGGUCGGGCCGCAAGAAACAAGCUAAUAAAGCAUAAUCUUCGGUUAGUGUUGUUUGUCAUCAACAAAUACUUUCCAGAGAUCGCAAGUGGCCAGAAGUUCCAAGACCUCUGCCAAGCCGGUGUAAAGGGUCUGAUAACAGCCAUCGAUCGAUUUGAACAGAAGCGCGGCUUCCGUCUAUCCACAUAUGGCCUCUUCUGGAUCCGUCAUUCCAUAAUACGGUCGAUGACGCUCUCAAGCUUCACCAAGGUUCCCUUUGGAAUCGAGUCGAUUAGGCAAGAGAUCCAGAAGGCCAAACUAAAGUUGUCAUUUGAACUUGAGAGGUCACCAACAGAGGAAGAAAUAAUUGGGAGAGUAGGAGUAUCACCAGAGAGAUACAAUGAUAUCAUCAAGGCCUCAAAACCAGUCAUAUCCCUCAACUCCAGGCAUGCUGUGACACAAGAAGAGUUCAUCAAGGGGAUAACCGAUAUUGAUGGUAUCAGUGGCGAUAAACGUCGACAUGCAGCACUUCUUCGACUUGCUCUUGAUGAUGUGCUAGAUUCACUUAAACCUAAAGAAAGUCUGGUUAUAAGACAAAGAUAUGGACUCGACGGCAAAGGCAACAGAACUUUGGGAGAGAUUGCAGGGAACCUCAAUAUUUCGAGAGAGAUGGUCCGUAAGCAUGAACUAAAAGCACUUAUGAAGCUCAAACAUCCCGUUCGGGUCGACUACCUCCGUAGAUAUGUUUGAUUUUUAGACACAUUGUAUUUGUGCCUCUCUUUAAUUUCCAAUUAUUGUAGCUUUUUGUUCUGUAUAUCAUUUUACAGGAUAUCAUAGUCGCAAAUGAUCACAUGCAAAUUUUACUCUGAAAUUGAGUAAAUUUGUAGACCUCAUGUGUAACUUUGUUUGUACUAUAGUUUAUAAAGCUGAUGAAUCUGUGAAUUAGAAAAUAUUCAUCGGCAUUUAAUAAGUAUUCAGUUCAUAUA